ACGUUGCAAUUUCACUGACGACAUUCUUUCCUCCAGCGACCGCAUAGCCAUAUGUCCCAAACAUCGUCAGCCACUCCCGGCCGAUCCCCAUGGCCCCCCUCCAGUAUGCCUUCGUCUUCCGCCUCCCAUCGCCCUCUCCAAUUACCGACGCGCUAUCCCGGAGAUGGCCUCGACUUCAGGAGGCCGGCUACCAGUAAUAACGAGGAGGUUAUUGAUCUUACCGAAGAGCCGGAUUCUCCUCAACCGCGGCAGCAGCAGCAGCAGCAACAACAAUCUCAUAACAGACCUCCUCAUCAUACGCGCUUGCCUCGGUUCGGCCGAAAUAUCAUGCAAGAUGUGGUCGAUCUGGUGGAGGACGAAGAUGAAUACGAGGACGAGGACGAGGAUGAAGUGCAGGAGAUAGGGCAGGGGUUGCCCCCAAGCAGCCCGGAGGUCGAAUUUGUGGGUGCGACGACAAGGGCGCCUACCGCGCCACCAGCAAGGUCGGAAGGAUCACAACUAUGGAGGAUGCUGAAUGGAAAUUCAUUAGCAAGCUUCGUGAUGUCGUCAGAGGCGUUUCGACGGCCCAUUCCGUGGGCAAGUGGCCUGUUUGGCCGGCAGCCGCAGGACGUGGACAGUCUGUUUAUUGGCGGGGGUCUCGAUAUUGAGUAUCCGAUAUCUACGGCCACCGUGGAUCGUAGGCCGCCGGUGGAUACAUACAAGGCCCCCAGUCCCGCGCCGGAGGGGUUUACGAGGAACGCGAAGGAGGACGAGGUGGUCGUGUGUCCCAACUGCGACCAGGAGCUGGGUACGGGUGAUGAGACCAAAUCGCAGAUAUGGGUUGUGAAGAAAUGCGGACACGUCUACUGUGGUGAAUGUACGAAACACCGCGCUCUCUCGAAAGCGAAGAAGGCACCGCAACGGACGAAGCCGUUUAGCAAGUGUCGAGCGGAUAAUUGCGGGGUACCUGUUAGUGCCCCGAAGUCCAUGAUUCAAGUAUAUUUGUGAGAGUGGAUUCUGUACGAUCACCGGAAUGUGGUGCUUGAAGUUUUGGCUUGGAUCCCGUACGGACACUGCCACUAUGGUACUGCUUUUGUCCGGACUAUUGGAUACAUUGGGGCAACCUCGCGGGUCCGACUCGCAUCGACAUACUCCUGGGGAUUGAAAUGUACACUCUUGGGUUGAAAGAGUCCGCGGUGGUCUGUUAUGUUUUGUAGCAUUUGCAUGGUUUGGGUGUUCAUUGGAUUUAUCACUAUUUUGCUUAUAUUUUCCUAGCAUUCUCGAUACCCAUUACUUCGAACUCUCCGAAGGAGCAAUUUUACAUCUAUCAUCCGUGUUUGGAUAUCACUAUGUCCUG